AUGCAUUGGAAUACUGAGACGCUGAGGACGACGGAAAAGUAUCCGCUGUCGCUCAAAUUGCAUGAGAAGGUCAAUCCAAUCACAGAAGAGGCUCGCGACCGGAGAGAAAGACAGGGAGUCAAAUCGAGGCGGAAGACUGCCACCACUCGCUACGCGAGAACCCAGAUUUACUACGGGAAAAGCCUCGAAAUCCACAGAGGAUGCGACAUCCUCGACAUAAACCCCGGCGCCGGGCUCUGGUCGCAGAAGCUGCACGACUUCCUCCAACCGCGUCGCCAUGUGCUCAUGGAACCGGCUUACGAGCGAUUCAAAUCGUUCCUCGACCCCCUCCUCGAUGCGCCGAGUUCAACGUAUAAGCUGGUCCAGAAACCGACCACCAGUUUGGACCACUUCACUGCGUUGAUCAACGAGAACAUGUUCCCGGAGCAGACCCACGUCAAUCCCGAGGACACGACCGGACAGGACCUGAACACAACUCUACUGGUGACGGGCAUGCUGGUGUGGGACCCAACGUUGCCCGGCCUGGCAUUCGAUUCCAUGGCAAAGCAGCUGUACAACCUCUUCUCUUCGGCUGUUCGGUCAAACGACUACUUCCAUAGCUAUGGACGCGUACGCACUCUGUUCUGGGUGUUAUCAGCCGACUUCGAUGCAGUCAUUGCCAAGACCUCGGCUAGGUUUAUGAAAAACAACGCCCUGCUGGAGAUGACCCAGAGCAUGGAGCUAAUAGUGGAUGGACCUCGUGCGCCUAGAGCGACUGGCAAAGGCUCGCCUGGGCGCGGCCCGCAGUACGAGCUUGAGGGCACGGUGCGCGCAAUGCAGAGAGCAAGAGAAAACGGCAUGUCGCUGCCCGAACACCGCAGAGACAAGGUGCACAAUCUCGCCGCCGAGAUCGAGGACAUCUCCGAAGGAACCGGCCGUGUCCAGUACGGGUGGCUCCACGACUUCUUGCUGACAAAACACAAGGAGGGCAACACACCCACCGGCCUGCUCAGCGACCCUCAAUUCCGGCACUACGACGAUCUCCUCGCGCUGCAGGCAAAAUACCCCGACGUGGAUUUCGAAGCCAUGGGCAACGCAGCAGAUGGUAGGAAGAAGAAGACGGCCUCGUUCUGGAAGGGACGAGAAGACCACCCCGCGCGCGAAGAGGCACACAGCUUCUCCCUCACCAAAUCCGCUGACCGCGCCCUCAUCGCCAAGCACCAGAGACUAGAAGACAUCGCCGACAUCGGCGAGGAAAUGUACAAGCUCGAAUGCGCCGCGCUGCGCCUCGCAGACGGCACGCCCGAACGGGACGCGCUCCUCACGCAGAUCGCGGACUUGGACAAACAGUGGGAAAGCGCGCUCGGACGCGUCGCCACAAACUUCAGAGCUGUCCCGCUCGCCAUCCUCGACGACCGCAUCUCACUCCGCUACCCGCCGCAUCCCCGCCUGCAGUGGGACCGGCGCGCAUUCGAGCCGCUGACCAUGCAGCCCGACGAGGUCUGGCCCCCGACGCGCCUGUCGCUCAUCAGCUCGACGCCGUACGCGCGCCCGCCCGGCCAGACGGCGGACUGGUACGAGUGGGUUCACGACUUCGUGUACGCCUUGUUCGCCAGCCCGUCAGUGUGCCUGCCCGACGCGCUGGACAAGAUGCAGCACGGCGCUGCGCAGAUCAUGGACAAGUGUCCCGCGCUCACGGAUCCGGAUCGCGGCGGCAGGCUGCAGAUGAAGCAUUUCCGCGUGCGCCUGGUCACGGGCGAGAUGGUCGAGCAGCUCGUGCAGGCGUAUCGCGACUGGCCAUUCAAGGAGCCCGGGAGCGAUCACAACAAGUACUUCCGGUGGAAAGGGAUGAGUGCUGGGAACGAGUCCAGGGCGUAG